AUGUCUCCUUCACCACGUUUAAAGGUUGCUGUGUUUUCAAAGCGCAAAGGUGUACGAUAUCAUCGUAAUGGACAAGUGCGUAGCUGUCGUUUCUGUGAGAUUGCACGUACAAAGUCCGAGCCAUUCCUAUAUCAGGAUGAUCACGUUGUUGUGUUUCGUCCACUGCGUCCUGUUGUCCCUAAUCAUGUGCUGAUUGUACCUCGUGUACAUAUUCGCAAUGUGAAUCAAUUGGCUGCUAACCAUCGUGGAUUACUUGCACGAAUGCAUCGUAUAGCUGAAGAAGUGAUGAUUGAAGGAACGGAGACGGAAUGCGUUGAGUUACAGCCACAGGAAUUUCAAGAUGUACAUGAAGAUGCCGAUGCAAACCGUGUUCGGUAUUCGUUUCACGUGCCACCAUUCAAUAGCAUUGAUCACGUGCACAUGCAUGCAUUUCUUGAUGACUCGCGCAGUUUGAGUCAUGACCACGCUGGAUGA